AUGUAUUUCAACGAAGACAAAGCGAAAGCGAUUGGAACGAGAUUCGAAGGUGGUAAACUGGCCAAAAAGGUUCAUAAAAGUAUCGAACAACUGAAAAGGCAUGAUCCAGAUGUAGAGGUUUCCUCCGAACCAACCAAGUUUCUAUUGGUAAGCAACAGCAGCAUCCUCUGCAGUGUCACAUUAGAAGAACUGGAAGAAAUCUUCAUUCCCCUUGAUGAGAAAGCCGAGUUCAUCGUAUAUCCGAACAAGAGAUCCUACUCGUUCGUUCAAUGCUCAUCCAUUGAAGCUGCUCAGAUUGUUCGAAAGGAACUUCACGGACUCAUUCCUCCCCAACUCAAAGUUUCUCAUCAGCCGUUCAUUAUUUCAUUCGUUUGUAACUUGCCUGAAGCCAAGAAAUGCGAGAUGUUUCGUCCUGCAAAUUUGAAACUCGUGGAAGACUAUGUAUCUGAAAACCUCGAAAACGAUUUAGUAAAGUUGCUCACAAAUCACCCAAAAGUUCAAUCACUCAAGCACCGAGCUGUUGUUCAUUUUGGUCACGUCUUCGACUACAAUACGAACUCUGCCUCAGAGUGGAAAGAAGCUGAACCAAUUCCGCCUGUCAUUGAAGCUCUCAUUGACAGGCUCAUUUCGGACAAAUACAUUACAGAGAGAUCAGAUCAAAUUACUGCAAACGUUUAUGAACCGGGACAUGGUAUUCCAUCUCAUUAUGACACACAUUCUGCAUUCGAUGAUCCUAUCAUCUCAAUUAGUCUUCUUUCUGAUGUGGUAAUGGAGUUCAAAGAUGGUGCAAAUUCGGCUCGAAUCGCUCCCGUUCUUCUUAAAGCAAGAUCGUUGUGUCUGAUUGAAGGAGAAUCCAGAUACCGUUGGAAGCAUGGAAUCGUUAAUCGAAAAUAUGAUGUGGAUCCGAGAACGAACCGAGUAGUUCCUCGGAAAACUCGUGUCUCCCUGACACUUCGUAAAAUUCGUCGAAAACCAUGUGAGUGCCAAUGGAAGGAGUUUUGUGAUUGGGAUCGAAAAGGAGAAAUGAGUGUGCCAUCGAGCGAAGAUCUUGCUAUGAAAUUAGAGAAUUCUUAUGUUUCAAAUGUUUAUGAGAACAUUGCAUCUCACUUCGAUGAGACCAGACAUUCGGGUUGGAAAGCUGUCAAAAAAUUCAUAGACGAGAUUCCUCGUGGAAAUCUGAUGUAUGAUGUUGGAUGUGGAAACGGAAAGUAUCUUAUUCCUAAAGAUGGACUUUUCAAAAUCGGAUGUGAUAUGUGUCUGGGUUUGUGCGAAAUCGCAUUGAAGAAGGAUUGUUACAUUGCACGAUGCGAUGCGCUCUCUCUGCCGUUUCGCGACACAUCAGCUGACGCCGCUAUCUCGAUUGCAGUUCUCCAUCACAUAGCAACGUUCGAGAGACGGAAACGAAUGAUCGAGGAAUUGCUGAGAGUUGUGAAACCGGGCGGUAUGAUAUGCGUGACUGUCUGGUCUAUGGAUCAAAGCCAAUCGGAGUAUGCAAAGAUGCGCAGUAAUAAGGAUGAGGUUAAUGAGGAAAUCAAAAAUACAGAUCGACUGAAAAUUCAUGAUGGAAAAGAUUUUCAACAACAAGAUGUGUUGGUUCCUUGGACAAUGGAUCAGAAAGGGGAAACUUUUCUACGGUAUUAUCAUGUGUUCAGGGAAGGAGAAGCAGAACAGUUGGUUGACAGUGUUGAUGGCUGCGAGCUAGUCAGCAUCGAGAAGGAGCAAGGCAACUAUAUCCUUGUUAUUAGAAAGAUCUGA